AUGGUCGCACCACCAGCGACCGCCCCCAUCAACAUCCAGUCCGCCCACUUUGCCCCCACCAACCCGUCUCUUGGUGAGAGUUCCGGCGACUCUGGUUACGAAUCCUCCUGGCCUUCGCUGUCAGAGGCUGCUGCCUGGUCCCCUCCUCCUGGUCAGAAGCGCCUUGCCAGCCUCAAGUCCGACCAGGACCAACUCCACUUUGAUGGUUUGGGCAGCAGCCCCUUUGACAAGAACACUGCCUUGCUCCUCUCCCAGCCCCUUGUCCCCCAUGCCCGAUAUUGCUCCGACAACAAAAAACGAAGUGACAAGGGACAGCUGCAGCAUACUCAGGGACUGACACAGACUCAGAAGGUCCAGGGACAACAACAACAGCAGCAACAAUCAACCCGCCAGGGCAAGGGCCAGCGACGACGGGCCAGAACACAGGCAUACCAGGCCAAGCGAAUGACUCAGCUCCAAGCGAUGCCUCUCGUUGACUUGACGUCUCCUGUCAUGGAGGAGGAUGACCCCCACAACCCUGACUUGGGUCCUACGGAACCCCCGAUCCCACUCAGACUUUGCCACCCCUUGCGACUGGAUGCUGACUGUGAGCCCGUCUUCUUGGAAUGGGCCUACCGCAGAGAAGCCAUUUUGAACCAAAUCGCAUUCACCGACGCCGAUAUUGUCUGUCUACAGGAGCUGGAGUUGCGGGAUUAUGAAGAGUAUUUUUGCCCACACAUGACCCGCCUUGGGUUCAGGUCGAUUCAUGCUUACAAGAUGAACGUGUACGAGAUGAGGGAUGGCUGUGCCAUCUUCUACCGCGAUAGUCGAUUCAAGCUUAUCAACGAACACGUCCUCCGUUUCAACCAAGUGGAGCUUGACGACAACAAUGUCAAGCGGCCGUCAAUGGCCCGCGACACCGCUAUUCGCUUUAAUCUUUUCCACAACCUUGCUAUCGUCGCACUCUUUGAGAACAAGCGCACCAAACGUCAAGUUCAAGUCGCAACAACACAUCUUUUGGCCGACCCAGCUUUCCCAGAUGCUAAGAUGCUGCAGACUGCUAUCUUGACCUCCAAGUUGGAAGAACUCAAAGCAGAAGCCAUGGCCAAGCUAUCGUCGGGAUCGACUUCAUUCAACGGACACCAUAAAACAACAGCGACAUCACAAGCAUCUUCAGGCAAUAACAACAACAGCAGUCAAUCCGUUCAACACAUUCCCACAAUCUUGGCAGGCGACUUCAAUUCAUUGCCCGACAGCUCUGUGGUCCGGUUCCUAAAGUCCGGUCAGGUCGACACUUGUCAUUUUGGCGGGAACGACUUUGGGCGCUUCACACGGGCUCACAGCAAAUAUUUCUACCACCGACUGGGCUUGGCCGACAGCUACAAGUCUUCGAUCUUACCGUUCACCAACGCCACGCGUCACUUUCAGGGUACGAUUGAUUAUUUGUUGUACGAUCCGUCGUCGUUGGGUCUGGUCGGAUUCAUGGAUCAUUUUGAGGUGGAUCCCGUUUGGGCUGCUGCUAAUAAUACAAAGUCGUCGGGAUUGGAAGGGUCGUCGAUGGGUAGCACGAGUACUGCCAAUAUGAGCUCUUCAGAUUUGGACUCGGAGCUGGAACAGGACUUGGUUUCAUCCCCGUCCUCGUCAUCCUCACUAGACUCGAUGUCUUCCCCAUUGUCUUUGACUCGAGGAAAACGUGCGGCCAAGAGAGCCCUUAAGAAGAAGACGAGUCACCAGGGACUCGACUUUUCCAAGCUCUUUCCCUCGGACACUCUGUCGACAGAAACCUCUACUCUUACAAAAACACCAAUCAAGAAGGAUGAUUCAACCCCGAUACGCGCCACCUUGCCGACGGCGCUACCAAGCCAAUAUUUUCCGUCGGACCAUAUCCCUCUGGUCGCCCUCUUCCGUGAGCGCGAGUACACGCCUGCUCCUUCCUCUUCCUCCUGGCAGACCAGCAGCCAAUAG